CGGCAGGGAUGGGGCACCAGGGAGCCCGGUCCCCGCAGGACAGCAGGGACGGGUACCAGGGAGCCCGGUCCCCGCAGGGCGGUAGGGAUGGGGCACCAGGGAGCCCAGUCCCGCAGUCUCCAUCUGGCUCUUCAGUGUCAGCCUUCAACAAGAAGCCACGGUCCGUGGAGGUGACAACAGGCAGCGCUGCCGUGUUUGAGGCUGAGACAGAGCGCGCAGGCGUGAAAGUGCGGUGGCAGCGGGACGGCAGUGACAUCGGUGCCAGUGCCAAGUACGGUUUGGCAGCAGAGGGCAAGCGGCACACACUGACAGUACGAGAUGUGUGCCCUGCAGACCAGGGUUCCUAUGCGGUCAUUGCGGGCUCCUCGAAGGUCAAGUUUGACCUCAAGGUCACAGAGGCAGAAACUGUGUCACACGAGAAGACAGAGCCUGCAGUUGCUCCCACCCCUGAGGAGGCCCCUGGAGCCCCCAGAGAAGUCCCAACGCCAGUCACUGAGUGGGAAGAAAACGUUCCAAGUCCUGAAGGCUCAGGCCCAGGGAGUCAGGGAGCCCCCGAUGACCUUAUCGGACUUUUUCUGGCACGGCCACAGGAUGGCGAGGUGACCGUGGGGGGCAGCAUUGUCUUCUCGGCCCGCGUGGCUGGGGCCAGCCUCCUGAAACCACCAGUGGUCAAGUGGUUCAAGGGCAAGUGGGUGGACCUGAGCAGCAAGGUGGGCCAGCACCUACAGCUUCACGACAGCUACGACCGAGCCAGCAAGGUCUACCUGUUUGAGCUGCACAUCACAGAUGCCCAAGCCACUUCUGCGGGGGGCUACCGCUGCGAGGUGUCCACCAAGGACAAGUUUGACAGCUGCAACUUCAACCUCACUGUCCAUGAGGCCAUGGGCUCUGGAGACUUGGACCUCAGAUCAGCUUUCCGCCGCACGAGCCUGGCUGGGACAGGUCGGCGAACCAGUGACAGCCAUGAAGAUGUGGGGACUCUGGACUUCAGCUCCUUGCUGAAGAAGAGAGACAGUUUCCGGAGGGACUCAAAACUGGAGACGCCUGCUGAAGAGGACGUGUGGGAGAUCCUGAGACAGGCGCCACCCUCAGAGUACGAGCGCAUCGCCUUCCAGCAUGGUGUCACGGAUCUGCGCGGCAUGCUGAGGAGGCUCAAGGGCAUGAAGCAUGAUGAAAAGAAGAGCACAGCCUUUCAGAAGAAGCUGGAGCCUGCUUACCAGGUAAACAAAGGCCACAAGAUCCGGCUUACUGUGGAACUGGCUGAUCCGGACGCUGAGGUCAAGUGGCUGAAGAAUGGACAGGAGAUCCAGAUGAGUGGCAGCAAGUACAUCUUCGAGUCCAUCGGGACCAAGCGCACCCUGAUCAUCAGCCAAUGCUCCCUGGCGGACGAUGCAGCCUACCAGUGUGUAGUGGGGGGCGAGAAAUGCGGCACAGAGCUCUUUGUCAAAGAGCCCCCGGUGCUCAUCACACGGUCCCUGGAGGACCAGCUGGUGAUGGUGGGACAGCGUGUGGAGUUUGAGUGCGAGGUAUCCGAAGAAGGGGCCCAAGUCAAAUGGCUGAAGGACGGGGUGGAGCUCACUCGUGAGGAGACCUUCAAAUACCGGUUCAAGAAGGAUGGGCAGAAACACCACCUGAUCAUCAACGAAGCAACACUGGAGGAUGCGGGACACUACGCAGUACGCACAAGCGGAGGCCAGGCACUGGCUGAGCUCAUUGUGCAAGAGAAGAAGCUGGAGGUGUACCAAAGCAUCGCAGAUCUGGCAGUGGGUGCCAAGGACCAGGCUGUGUUUAAGUGUGAGGUUUCAGAUGAGAACGUGCGUGGCGUGUGGCUGAAGAACGGGAAGGAGCUGGUGCCUGACAGCCGCAUAAAGGUGUCCCAUAUAGGGCGCAUACACAGUUGGGGCAAGGCCGGAUGCCCUGUGGCUGGGCCCUUCCUUUCUCUUAGUGUUCCUUGCUUUUCUUCUCUUUCAGAGGUCAAGAUUGACUUUGUACCCAGGCAGGAACCCCCCAAGAUCCACUUGGACUGUCCCGGCAGAACCCCAGACACUAUUGUGGUUGUUGCUGGAAACAAGCUACGCCUGGACGUCCCUAUUUCUGGGGAUCCUGCUCCCUCUGUGGUCUGGCAGAAGACCGUCACACAGGAGAAGAAGGCACCAGCUGGGCCCUCUCCUGGUGCCCCAGAAGAUGCUGGUGCAGAGGAAGAGUGGGUGUUUGAUAAGAAGCUGUUGUGUGAGACUGAGGGCCGGGUCCGUGUGGAGACCACCAAAGACCGCAGUGUUUUCACAGUUGAGGGAGCAGAGAAAGAAGAUGAAGGUGUCUACACCGUCACAGUAAAGAACCCCGUGGGCGAGGACCAGGUCAACCUCACAGUCAAGGUUAUCGAUGUGCCAGACGCUCCCGCGGCCCCCAGGAUCAGCAAUGUGGGCGAGGACUCCUGCACGGUGCAGUGGGAACCACCUGCCUAUGAUGGCGGGCAGCCGGUCCUGGGAUAUAUCCUGGAGCGCAAGAAGAAGAAGAGCUACAGGUGGAUGAGGCUCAACUUUGAUCUGCUGCGGGAGCUGAGCCAUGAGGCGAGGCGCAUGAUCGAGGGCGUAGCCUAUGAGAUGCGCGUGUAUGCGGUCAAUGCUGUGGGAAUGUCCAGGCCCAGCCCUGCCUCUCAGCCCUUCAUGCCUAUAGCACCCCCUGGUGAACCAACCCACCUGACUGUGGAGGAUGUGUCUGACACCACUGUCUCACUCAAAUGGCGGCCCCCCGAGCGAGUGGGUGCAGGAGGCCUGGAUGGCUACAGUGUGGAGUACUGCCAGGAGGGUUGCUCGGAGUGGGUGACGGCUCUGCAGGGGCUGACAGAGCGCAGCUCACUGCUGGUGAAGGACCUGCCCACUGGGGCACGGCUGCAGUUCCGAGUGAGAGCACACAAUGUGGCAGGACCUGGAGCCCCUGUCAUCACCAAGGAGCCUGUGACAGUACAGGAGAUACUGCAACGACCACGACUCCAGCUGCCCAGACACCUGCGCCAGAACAUCCAGAAGAAGGUGGGGGAGCCCGUGAACCUCCUCAUUCCUUUCCAGGGCAAACCUCGGCCUCGGGUGACCUGGACCAAAGAGGGGCAGCCACUGGCAGGUGAUGAGGUGAGCAUACGUAACAGCCCCACGGACACCAUCUUGUUCAUCCGGGCUGCCCGCCGCACCCACUCGGGCACCUACCAGGUGACAGUUCGAAUUGAGAACAUGGAGGACAAGGCCACGCUGGUCCUACAGAUCGUGGACAAGCCAAGUCCUCCCCAGGAUAUCCGGAUCGUUGAGACUUGGGGUUUCAAUGUGGCUUUGGAGUGGAAGCCACCCCAAGAUGAUGGCAAUACAGAGCUCUGGGGUUACACUGUACAGAAAGCUGACAAGAAGUCCAUGGAGUGGUUCACUGUUUUGGAACAUUACCGUCGCACUCACUGCGUGGUAUCGGAGCUCAUCACUGGCAACGGCUACUACUUCCGGGUCUUCAGCCACAACAUGGUGGGUUCCAGUGACAAAGCCGCUACCACCAAGGAGCCCGUCUUUAUUCCAAGACCAGGCAUCACAUACGAGCCACCCACGUACAAGGCCCUGGACUUCUCUGAAGCCCCGAGCUUCACUCAGCCCUUGGCAAACCGCUCCAUCAUUGCAGGCUACAAUGCCGUCCUCUGCUGUGCUGUCCGGGGUAGUCCGAAGCCCAAGAUUUCCUGGUUCAAGAAUGGCCUGGACCUGGGAGAAGAUGCUCGUUUCCGCAUGUUUAGCAAGCAGGGAGUCCUGACCCUGGAGAUCAGGAAGCCCUGCCCCUAUGAUGGGGGUGUCUACGUCUGCAGGGCCACCAACUUGCAGGGUGAGGCACAAUGUGAGUGCCGUCUGGAGGUGCGAGGUAAGGAGCAUGUUGGACAAAGCAGGGACCCUGGGCUUAGCUCUGCUGUCCCAGCUCAAACAGAACCUCUGGCUGCUAGAACACCCUGGCUGGCUCCUGGAGGGCUGGGAAGACACCAUGGUUUGUCUGCUUCUCUCUUACAGUCCCUCAGUGACCAGGGUGGCUCCCCAGAGGUGAAUAGGUACAGGUGGAUGCCAGAAGUCCAGAAGGGAGUUGGAGGAGCCGCCCUUUCUGCCAUUGCAUGUGUGUGUGUGUGUGUAUGCGUGUGCCUCCUAGGCUGGGGAGGACUGGCCAGCAGCUGUACCAGGCAGGUCUGCUGAACUCUGCAGAAACUGACUUCAUAGCUCCUAAGGAGUGAGUGCUGUUGAUCUGGGGGGCAUAAAGUGUGUGGUCUUCAGAAAUGCGGGCUGGGGAAAGGCCCUUCUGCCUGGCUCACUGUGUAAAGGCAAUAAAAGAUCAGUGCAGUCAAAGGGCUGAUGUUUCCUGUCCACAGAAAAGCAUACUGGCGUUUGCUUGAUCUUGACAGCAUGUCAUUUUCCAAAUCAGUGUCCUGUAUCCGGGAGACGUUAAUUAGCACUAGAAAGGGCAUCAGUCUCCCUCCCACCCCCACAGGUGAGGAAAGGAUGGACGUAAAAGUCUCAGGAGCCACGGGGCUUUCCUUUGUAGGCAUAGGCAUGAGCGUCACCCCGGUGGCCCAGGUGGCAGCAUCUGGGUAGAGUCCUGAACUUGGUGGCAUUAAGAUCCCAUUGCAUCCCCAGCUCACGACCACGUGUCUCACAUGGGACACACUCCAUCUAGCGCAAGCACAGGGAAUCGCAACCUUCAUUGUUUUCCUCCGCAGAGAUCAAGUUUCCUUAUAAAUCUGGUGACCAGCAGGUCUUAGGAGUGACUGCACGGUGGUGGUCCUCUGCCCAUGGAGGUUGGAUGUGGGCUACUACUUUAGUUCUACUCAACAUAAAACACACACUUGGCCGGAGCACAGAGUUCUGGCUCUACAGGAGUCCCAGGUCACACCACAACACACCUAUGUUUUUCUGUGACAGUGGCCAGAGCACCCCAGACCUUUACAACCCUCCUGUGGUAGGGGUCCCUCUCUGGCAUCCUAGGGAGGCCAGAGCCUACA